GGGAAGGGAGCGGCGGCGGCGGCGGGGACGGCGGCGGCGGCGGGGCCAUGAACGGCGCGGCGAACCCGCUGCUGGACAAGGAGGAGCACCCGCUGCAGCUGGGCGAGAGCUUCGAGCGGCGGCCCAAGGCCUCCUUCCACACCAUCCGCUAUGACUUUAAACCAGCAUCAAUUGAUACAUCUUGUGAAGGGGAGCUCCAAGUUGGUAAAGGAGACGAAGUAACAAUCACCUUGCCACAUAUUCCAGGUUCAACUCCACCGAUGACAGUGUUUAAAGGAAAUAAAAGGCCAUACCAGAAGGACUGUGUGCUUAUUAUCAAUCAUGACACUGGGGAGUAUGUACUGGAAAAACUCAGCAGCAGUAUUCAAGUGAAGAAAACAAGAGCGGAGGGUAGCAGUAAGAUCCAGGCACGAAUUGAACAACAGUCUGCCCGAGCCUCUCAGCCUCCAUCGCAGUUCAGAGCCCCAACCAAGCCAGCAGUUGGACCUAAAACUUCUCCUUUGAAGGAUAACCCUUCGCCUGAACCUCAGCUGGAUGACAUUAAGAGAGAGCUAAGAGCAGAGGUUGAAAUUAUUGAGCAGAUGAGUAGCAGCAGUGGAAGCAGCUCAUCAGAUUCAGAGAGCUCAUCUGGGAGUGAAGAUGAAAGCUCCAGCAGUGAGGGAGAAGAGCCUGCACAUGUUUCCCCUUCCCAGCCACCACACCAGCAGUAUAACAACAGGAGUGCAGUUGCUAACGGCACCAGCAGGCCACAAGGAAGCAAUCAGCUCAUGAAUACUCUCCGAAAUGACUUGCAGUUGAGUGAGUCUGGGAGCGACAGUGAUGACUAGAGGCUGAGCUUUUGCUGCUUCUGUUGCAUAUACAUGAAGAACUGAUUUACUUUGUAAUGAUCCUAUUGCUUAUGAAGAGGAGCUGGCACAGGGAUAGUUCCAUGAGUGGAAUUUUAAUAGAAAAAAUGCAUCACCUUCUAAAAUAUCAAAUGCUGAAGGCAGUUUUACUUUGUGUAUUAAGUGUAUAUUUUGUGUAUAUUUUUAUUCUUUAAAGUUUUAAAUAGGUAUGUACAGUGAGUAAGCCAGUAUGUAUUCCUGUCUGUUCCUUAUCUGUAAGCUUAAUGUGUAGCUUUUUGCAGUCAUCUAAAAAUUUCUUCUUUGUAAAAGAUACUCAGAACCAUUUUAACUUGGUGGGGGGAGAAGAGGGUUGUAUACAGGAUGGGCAUGAGCCAACAAAAAAAAUGCUGGAGCUAGAGUGUGCAUUGAAGUGGGAUUGUUAUAAAGUAAGUUUCAACUCAAGUUGAUUUCUUUGGUUUGAGGCUUUUCUAAUGUCUUUUUAUUAUUAUUUAUGGUUGAUUUGAUGGACAUACUUUUAAACACUUGGAAAAGAGAAGUCAUAAAGCUUUGUUCAUCACAAA